GUUUGCUAGGUACAGAUAGGAGGAGCAAGCCGUAGAAGUCAAUCGGACGUCGCAUUUGUUUACAUCUGGAGGAUGUGGCAGAACAGAGACAGUAUGGCUCAAACUUUUAGUCUAUGACUUACCGUCACAUGUAACAUCAAAUAACAAGGAUCAUGGGCGCUUUAGCGUGUCUGUCUGUGCUGUACUGGCUGUUGUUUAGCCCAGUGGUGUCCGGUGAACAGGUGGCAUUUGUAGAGGUGUUUCUGAAAGACCAUCAGGAUGUUUUACAGGGCGAGGUGGUCCAGGAGAGUGUGGAAAACGAGAACCAUGACAAAAAGAAACAUGAACUCAAAGGGGACCUUGUUUUGAUAAAAGACAAAGCUCUUGAAACUAAUAGUGAAAACAGCAAUGAAAAUGAUCAGAACCCCUGGAUAGGAGUGGUACCGGUCCAAAUGGAGGAGGGCACAGUCUCUAGUAACAGCAACCAGGAGUCAUUUGCUGCCUCUGUGGUUAAUAAGAUGAAGCGAGCUCUUGUUUUGGGUGCAUCUGCUUUGAUCAUACUGGCCCUAAACCAGAAUACUGUCAGAGAGAUGGAUCUCUCUCAGGUCCUCUCUAAGCCAAUCAUUGUUAUUCAGACAUCAGAAAAUGUCACCAAGCUUAUCGGAGCACUCCUCAGGGGCCUUCAUGCAACAGCAAAAAUCACCUAUAAGACUUUUCUACAGGAUAGCCUGGGGGCCACCCUGACCCUUUGGUCGAGCUGUGGGCGCUCGAGAGGUGGGCUGUACGGCGAGUGGCAGGGGGUCAUAUGCACCGGAGAGACCAACUCUCAAGUUCAAAAAUAUCUCCAGCAGCUGUGGAACACUGUUGUUCUGGUGGCCCUGGUCCUCUCCACCGGUGUCAUAGUUCAAGCACGCUGGCAGUUUCAGGACAACCAGUUUAAUGACGAUUCAGAGUCACACCUCAAGCAGGACAUUUUAAAGAGAUUAUCCGCGCUGAAGACCAGAAUAUACCGGCAACCUAAAUUAAGGUGUGACCUCACACAAACUCAACCAGUGGAGACAGACAAUUGUGCAGUUUGUCUCGAGCAAUACAACAACAACCAGUGUUUGAGGGUGUUACCGUGUCUCCACGAGUUUCACAGAGAUUGCGUGGAUCCAUGGCUUAUCCUGCAGCAGACCUGUCCUCUCUGCAAACGCAGUGUGCUUGGUAAUUGUUAUUAACUGGACCAGGAUGCAUUUUGGAAUAUUCUGGUUUGGUGAAAUCAGACUCUCUUUUUCUUAAGUGGUUCAGAUUUUCAUUGCAACUAAACUCCUCCUGUGUAGUGUAUGGUCAGGAUGCAUCAAUGGCAACGAUCUUUGACCAAAGACUAUGAACCUUGACUUCUUACAUCAGGGC